AGCUCAAUUUGUAAUCAUAAAAUUAUGCAAAGAUAAUUGGAAAAGAUGAAUAUAUUUUUAGUUCCAGUUAUUAAAAAUAAAAUUGUUAUAUAAAUAAUAAUGUUAUAUAAAAACAUGUUAUGUAAAAGACAGCAUAUAGAUCUUUGUAAAUCUGCAAAAAAUAUUUUUCUGGACCUAAGUGAGAUAAAUAUAACGCAUUUUUUACUUAGACUUUAAAUACAGUACAUGUAUUUUAAAAAGUUUGUGAUUCAGAUGAAUGUACAAGACACAAAUGUACUUAAAUAACUUUACAUAUUUAGAUGUUCUGUACAUAAUAGAGUAAUAGAGGAUUAAAUUUUCAAAAUUCUAUAUCUAAAAUGUGCAAUUUUAAUAUCUUCUUAAAAAUUUUACGUAUCUCAAUAAGUGCAAUAUGAUUAUCAGUUCUAUUAGAAUCGCACGAAAUCUUAAAAUACAUUACCAGAUUUGAAACACUACAAUCUAAACAUAUGUUUUAUCAAGAAUUUAACUAUCAUUAAGUAAAUUAAAGUACGUGUAUUUAGCCACACUUUGUAUUUUAUCUGAUAAAUUUUAUUGUUCAGAUUGAAGCACAGUUGAAGACAGAGAUCUUCUGAUUUCAUUGUAUCAGUUUCUCUAAGAAAGCUCUACUCAAUAUUAUAGAACUUUAACACAGUGAUAACAUACUAAUUCAGUGAAAUAUACUUUUUUUUUCAGUAACAUUUAUACAAGUUAGCUAUUUGAAUGACAAAAUGACAGAUAUCCCUCAGGAUUCAAAGAGGUGUGAAGAAAAAAAAUGUUCAAAAGUUGCUGUACACCUUCUCAUAACAUUGUUUGGUAUAUCUGCUUGGAUUGGUACUAAUGGAAUAUUUAUACAAACACCAGUGCUUAUCGAUAUUUCACCUGAAAGCUGGGCUUUAGCAGCUUAUCUGGUAUUAAUAAUCCAAGCUGCAAAUUUUGGACCUUUGUUUUAUACAGUCUUACAACAGUUUAAAUGCAAGAUAAACGAGUCUUGGUGGAUAUUAUGUUUAUUAGUUUUAGGAACUUUAGCAAUGGGACUGUUGAGCUUUCUUUAUUCUGAAAGAACUGUUAUUGCUGGAAAUGAAUAUAGCUUGGUAUUAUUUAUAUUAACAUUUUUCAAUGCACUAGUAGGUUGCUUUAGUUCUGUAUUAUUUAUGCCGUAUCUUCGAAAUUUUAAAGAAAAUUAUUUAACAUCAUAUUUCAUAGGAGAAGGAUUAAGCGGUGUCCUACCCAGCAUAGUUGCUUUGGUGCAAGGAAUUGAAGACAGUUCAGAAUGUACAACAUUUACAAAUGAUACCAGAGACUCCUUUGAUUCUAAUUUAAAAUUUUCUUCAAACCAUUAUUUUCUUUUCAUAUUUGUUAUCUUAUGUUUAUCUUUAACUGCAUUUGUUAUUUUAGAGUAUUCCCUUCUUGUGCAAAACAAGAAAAAGCAUCACAAGUCUCUUGGUACAAUAUCUAAUGAGAAGGAAAUUAAUAUUUCUCAUAAUCAUUACACAGAGGAUGUACCAAGACACUGUUCAUUAGAAGAAGAUUCAUUUCUUCAUAAUCACAAAUGUCUAACAAAACAAAUGCAAAACUAUUUAUUUAUAUUACUUGCUAUAUUGUGCUUCUUUAGCAAUGGCUUUCUUCCCAGUAUACAAUCUUAUUCUUGUUUACCAUAUGGAAAUACAGCUUACAAGCUAUCAGUUACAUUUGCACAAUUUGCAAAUCCACUAGUAUGUCUAUUAGCAUUCUGGUUGAAGAUAUCAAGCAUAAAAAUUGUCAAUUACUUGUCCUUAAUAUGUUUAAUUAUUGGAAGUUAUGCGAUAUACUUAGCAAUGAUGUCUCCUGCACCACCUUUACAGAAAACAACCCUUGGUGUUGUUCUGGUUGUCAUGUCAUGGACAAUUUUAAUAGGAUUUAUCUCUUAUUUGAAAUUAAUCAUUGUAUCAAUAUUUAGAAGAACAGGGCUCCCUAGAAUACUUUUUAAUGUUGGUGUGAUCAUGCAAAUUGGUUCUGCAAGUGGUGCAAUAUUUUCAUUUUUAAUAAUUAACUUCACAAACAUUUUUGAAAUGCAUAAUAACUGUACUUUAACAGACAAUUGAAAUUGUAAAUAGUAUAAAAUUGGUAAUUGCUAUAGCACUUCCAUUGAGGGUUCAGAGUUAACUAAUUGCUUUCUAUGCAAAAGUAUAUACUGGUAACAAUUUAUCAGAAUGAUCUUACAUAUUUUUAUAACUGUACAUAUGUGUCUGCAUUUAGGAAUGAAUUUUUACUGGAACACAACAAAUGAACAGUGAGACAAAACAAUUAUACAAAUGAUAAAUGAAUGUUAUGAACUUAUUUGUAAGGAAAGUUUUUAAAAAAAUAAUUUUAGAAUCCUAA